GGGUCGGGCCGACAAGCCCCGCCCAACUCCAAGGGGCAGGAGGGGGCGCAGGAUGGAGGUGGGGCCGUUGCGGUGACGAAAGCCUAAUGUCAUCUGCAAGCUCUGCUUCCAUAUCUCCUUUCCAGCUUGAGAGUCAGGCGGGCUUCUCGGCGCUACCUGUUCCCGGGGGCCCUCAGGGCUUGCGGUCCAGGGGCAGCCGGGGAGAGCAGGAGGCUGCAGGGCGGCAGGAGAAAUGGAGUCCAAAGAGGAACAAGCAGUGAAAAACCUCAGCGCGGAAACUGUCGACCAGGAAAACGAAGGAGAGGAGCAGACCCCUGUGCAGAAUGAAGAUGAAGCCCUCCAUUUGGGAGGGAGUGAAGGCCAGAAGCCUGAAGGAAGUGUCAGGCGGGGGCGAGUUAGGCGACUUGUCCCUAACUUUCGAUGGGCCAUACCUAAUAGGAAUAUUGAUCACAGUGAUGUGGGAGAUGAUGUAGAAAGGUUUGUUGGUCAGAUGAUGGAAAUCAAGAGAAAGACGAGGGAACAGCAGAUAAAACAUUACAUACGCUUCCAAACUCCUGAACCUGACAAUCAUUAUGACUUUUGCCUCAUACCGUGAACCCUAAAGUUUUCCUUGAAGUCAAUAAUGUGGCCAUUGUUUUACAAGCUUGUAUUUUUUCUGAUUUUUUUCUGUAAUCCUUGUGUUUCCACUAUAUUUAUUUACCUCAGUCUAAGUUUCUGUCAGCAUAGCAAUUGCAUCUGUUUUGCAAAAAAAAAAAAAAAAAAAAAAAAAAAAAAAAAAAAAAAAUUUCUUUCUAUAAUUUGAAAUCAAUAAAACAGUUUAGAAGGCAUUCUAUAUAUUCCAUCAUCUUACUCUUCUACCCAGUCUUAUUUUUUCCUUAAUUUUACUGUUUUCUCCCAGCUACGCAGACUCAAAAUCUGAGUUAUCUUUGACAAUUUUUUUCUUGCUUCAAGCCAAUCAUUAUGGAAUGAACAUAUACUUUAUUCAGUAUCUGACAUCAUUUUAAGAGUGUAUGUCUUAGUAGUUUUUAAAGAACAUGAGUCUGUUAGUGCAAAAAACACUUUGGGGGGAGAGAGGUUUAAGAAUGUAAGACCUCUGGCAUGCAUCCUCCAGAUCCAGAAUGGAAUUUUACGAUUGUCAUUUUUAACAAACACUCAAGGUAAUUUUUUUUUAGAUUCAUUUAUUUUAUUUGAAAGGCACAGUUACAGAGAGGCAGAGGCAGAGGGAAAGAAAGGUCUUCCAUCUGCUGAUUCACUCCCCAAAUGACCACAAUGGCCAGAGCUGAGCUGACCCAAAGCUAGGAGCCAGGAGUUUCUGUCAGGUCUCCCACAAGGGUGCAGAGGCCCAAGGACUUGGGCCAUCUGCUGCUGCUUUCCCAGGCCUUAUCAGGGAGUUGGAUUAGAAGUGGAGCAGCUGGGACUCAAACCAGCACCCAUAUGAGAUGCCACCACUGCAGGCGGUGGCUUUACCUGCUUCUGCUUGGCCCAGCCCUGGCUGUUGUGGCUAUUUGGGGAGUGAAACAGUAUAUGGAAGAUUCAUUUCUCUCUCUCUCUCUCUCUCUCUCUCUCUCUGCCUUUCAGAUAAAUGAAUAAAUCAUUUAAAAAAAAGCCCAAUAUUACAAAGGCAAACAUCAAUAGCCCAGACCCAAUAAAAAUGGUUUGAUUAUCUCUGAAAAAUACAAAGGCAUAGAAUGAGCAGCAAGGAAAACAUAUGCACAUGUAGGUUAAAGAAGUCUUUUAAUAUAUGAUGAAGUGAUUCAAUCAAAUCAAAAAUGAAAAGUUAUGUUAAUCAACAAAUUUCCUUUUUCUACAUUUUGCUGGCCUGGGAACUAAGCACUAAUGUGUGGUUUCCAGAACGAUGUCUCUCAGUCUAAGGGAGCAGCAUAUCAUCUCCAACACCCCUCAGUAUUAAGAGGUAUUGCUGAGGGGCCAGUGCUGUGGUGUAGUAGGCUAAGCUUCCUCCUGUGGUGCCGGUGUCACAUAUGGGCACUGGUUUGUGUCCAGACUAUUUCUUCUCUGAUCCAGCUCUCUGCUAUGGCCCAGGAAAGCACUAGAAGAUGGCCCAAGUGCUUGGGCAUUUGCACCUACGUGGGAGACCCAGAAGAAGCUCCUGGCUCCUGGCUUCGGCGCAGCUCCAGCCAUUGCGGCCAGUUGGAGAGUGAACCAUCAGAUAGAAGACCUCUCUCUCUGUCUCUCCCUUUCUCUCUGUAACUCUACCUCUCAAAUACAUAAAUAAAUCUUAAAGAAGUAUUGCUGAAUAAAACUCCACUUAUGUAUGACAAACAUAGGUACCAAACAACAAAAGCUUGUAAUAACCAGUCUUAUCUUCUAAGAAAUAGGAAUAUAAAAUAGAAUCUCUGGUCUCCUAUUUACUAGGUGUGUGAUCCUGGAAAAUUCUGAGUCUCAGUUGAUGGCCCCAUCUAUGGAGACUAAUGAUAUUUCAAUUUGGCUAUAGGCUUUUGGGAAAGACUAUCACCACACUUUGUGACAUUAUAGCAAGUUCCUUCCUCACCAGGCUCAAGGCAAGGCAUUUGAACUGACUCAGAUUUUGUAAUCAAGAAAGACUAUCUAGUGGCUCAUAGCAGACCUUCUGUUUGCUGUACUUAUGGGAUUUUGAUAAUCCAAAUUAGGUAGGAAAUUAGUGCGUCACCUAGCCAUUUCUCCUUGCUGAUAAAUACAUUCGUGUUUCAGGGUAGUCAAACUGCCAUUUUUUAAAUUUUUCCAAAAUUCUAGGGGCUUAGCAAACUGAAAUUUUAAUUUUCUUUUUUUUAUUGACAGAGUUAGAGAGAGAGAGAGAGAGAGAGAGAGAGAGAGAAAGGUCUUCCUUCCAUUGGUUCACCCCCCAAAUGGCCGCCACGGCCGGCGCACUGCACCGAUUUGAAGCCAGGAGCCAGGUGCCUCCUCUCAUGCGGGUGCAGGGCCCAAGGACCUGGUCCAUCCUCCACUGCUUUCCCGGGCCACAGCAGAGAGCUGGACUGGAAGAGGAGCAACUGGGCUAGAACCCGGCAGCCCAACCAGGACUAGAACCAGGGGUGCCAGCGCUGCAGGCAGAGGAUUAGCCUAGUGAGCUGCGGCACUGGCUGAAAUUUUAAUUUUCACUCAUGUAACAAUUCAGCACAGGUGAUAGGGGAUAGGAUCUGCUCUGUGUAAUCAUUCAGGGAUGAAAGUGGCUAGAAGCUGCACCAUCUACAACAUACAACUUUCAAGAUUGCCUUGGGGGGCCAGCACUCUGGCAUAGCAAGUAAAGCCGCCCCCUCCAGUGCUGGCAUCCCAUAUGGGCACCAGUUCAAGUCCCAGCUGCUCUACCUCUGAUCCAGCACAUGCUAUGGCCUGGGAAAGCAGUAGAAGGUAGCCCAAGUCCUUGGGCCUCUGCAUCCAUGUGGGAGACCCAGAGAAAGCUCCUGGCUCCUGGCUUUGGAUCAGCCCAACUCCUGCCAUUGGGGCAAUUUGGGGAGUCA